AUGUACCAGCAGGUGGAAUUUCCCUUUUUGGUGGGCCAUCUGAGCAAAGGAAGUGCUGACAUCAAAGUGACUCUCAGUCAGCAGCGAGACAGGAUGGAGGUCGCACCGGUCUGCCUGCUACUGUCCUGUCUGCGUGUCAGCCCCGACAGCUCUCAGCUCUUCAGGUACAGCUCCCUCUCGCUGACCUGCGCCGACCCGCUCAACUCGACAGUUUGGAGGGUGAAGAGGAAGACUUCAGACGGCGGGCUCAAGCCGUGCUCUUCGGGCUGGGGCCUGGCCUCCGCGGGCUCAGACUGCACCAUCGGAAACGCCUACCCAUCAGACAGCGGCGUGUACUGGUGUGAGUCCAGAGACGGGGAGAGAAGGAGCAACUCCGUCAACAUCACCGUCACCGAUGGCUCUGUGAUCCUGGAGAGUCCUGUCUUCCCCGUGAUGGAGGGAAGUGAUGUCACUCUGCGCUGUAAAACCAGGACGACUUCCUCCAGCCUCACAGCUGAUUUCUAUAAAGAUGGCUUCCUCAUCGGGAGCGGCUCCACAGGAGAGAUGACCAUCCACAAUGUCUCCAAGUCUGAUGAAGGUUUCUACAAGUGCAGCAUCUCUGACUCUGGAGAAUCACCUGAGAGCUGGCUGGCUGUCAGAGGUGCAAGUUUUGAAAGAAGCGUGAGGGACGUGUAA